CCCUCACCUCGUUUCUAUGCCUCCAGGCGGAGUUCUAUCUGCUGCUCUUGCUUCUUCACUCUCGCCCGACAGAGACCACACUCUCCUCCCCAGCUGCGCUCUCUCCGUCGCCGUGCCCUCUCCUUUCAAGCGCCACCCGACGACUGCGCUUGACCAACUCACCCCGUACCCCCAUCACACACCACCGCCAUGUCGCGACAGCUACAAGACCAGUUCGUCGACGAUGACGAGGAGGAGGUGUGUCCGCUCUGCGUGGAGGAGUUCGACCUGUCCGACAAAAACUUCCGUCCAUGUCCCUGUGGCUACCAGAUAUGCCAGUUUUGCUACAACAAUAUCAAAACCACCAUGAACGGCCUGUGUCCUGCGUGCCGGCGGCCCUAUGACGAGAAGAGCAUCGAGUUCAAAAACGUCACGGCCGAAGAACUGGCGAUGCACAAGGCCGAGAUAGCCCAAAAAGCGAAGAAGAACGCUGCCUUGCGCCAGAAGGAAAAGCAAAAGGUCGAGGCCGACAACUUGAGCCGAAAACAUCUAGCCGGACUGCGUGUGGUGCAGAAGAACCUCGUUUACGUAACCGGUCUGACGCCGACAAUACAAGAUGACAGCCUCCAUGAGAUGCUUCGUGGCAACGAGUACUUUGGCCAAUACGGGAAGAUCAUCAAAAUUGUCGUCAGCAAGGCAAAGGACACUGCUCACUCCAACUCUGUGGGAGUCUACGUCACUUUCUCCCGCAAGGAAGAUGCUACAGCGUGCAUAGCGGCUGUCGACGGAUCGCAGAACGGUCCUCGGACAUUAAGAGCACAAUACGGUACUACGAAGUACUGCUCGGCAUAUCUCCGCAACGAGACAUGUAACAAUCGCAAUUGUAUGUUCCUACAUGAAGCUGGAGAAGAGAACGAUAGUUUCACUCGUCAGGACUUGUCCUCUAUGAACGUCAUCUCAACACAGCAACCGGCUCAGUCCCUUGCGCCUCAUUCCGACGCGAACCCGCUACAACCCCAGCCUCCUCCACAACGAGCUCCCCAAGGCAUAGCCGCAGCAGCACCGCCGAUGAAUCGACAAGACAGCAACGAGGCCCCGGCAAGCCCGACAAACAGUGGUGGUGGUGCAGCUUUGCCAUCGACGGCGAAUUGGGGCAACAAACCUUCCCAGGGCCGACGGGCGAGCCGCUCUACAAAUGCCUCUACAUCAAGUCCGAUGACUACGAACGCUGUACCAGUAACACAACCGCCAACGAAGACCGAUCCGGAGCCCUCGAAACAAAGAGGGAAGGAGACUGUCAAGAAUGGGUCUCAGAAGUCAGCGCAACCGUCAAAAUCGUCUACGCCCCAACCACCGUUGUCAGCCCGUGAACGACGUGGUGUCUCCGAUUUGGACCAUAUUCUAAAAGCUAUCGCCAGCCCCGAUUUCAAAUUUGUGUUCUCAGCAGCAUCAUUAACCCCGCAAGAGUUUGAAGUCAUCUCUAAUUUCCCUCAACUUUUGGACCCAAAUGGUGGUGCAAAACGCCGCGCAAUGAAGGACAAGCAGGAGCAAGCCGCCGAACAAGCUCUCGUAUCGAUCGCACCGAACAUUGAGCCGGAGGACAAUCCCGAAGGUGGCAGUCUGCAGUUGGGAGGGGAACCCGAGGAGCACCACGAAACUGCGCCGGGCCGUGGACAUCAGCACGUUAUUGCACCGCCUUCACAGCAAACCAUGGGGCUGGGCUUUGGACAAGGCCUAGCUGACGACUUUGGUGGCCUAGGCUUGAACGGCCGUGGUUUGACUGUACAGCAGCAGCAGCAACUCAUGCUACUCAAGUCUGCGGCGCCUCAAUCCGCGGGUCUGAUGAGCAAUCUCCAGGGUCACGGCCAGCAACAACAGGCCUUGGGACAACAGCAGUCUGGAAGCGCACCUGGACACGCCAGACAUACCUCGAGAUUCAGUUUCGCAAAUGACAGCGCAACUGCUUCAGCUGCCGUUCAGCCAGUCGCCAACGCGAAGCUCAUGAACCAGCAAUCCUCCAUGAUGCCGAAGAAUACCAAUCACUUCAACCAACUUGGUCAGCACCAAGCUCUCGGAAACCAAUACUAUACGAGCGGAAUGCAAGCACCACCAGGCCUCAAGGCAACCGGAACACCCCCAGUGAGCGGCGGUGGAAUGUUUGGUCAAGGCCAUGGUUUUACCACUGGCGGAGUGGGCUACGGUACGAAUGCUAUGGGAAGACCCAACGAGUCCUACCAAGAUCUACUUCGUGAGCGAGGCACCGGCGCUAGGGGGCCUGAUGCUGGAAAGCGUGAGUCAAUGUUUCCUUCUUUUCUUCAUCAACAACACCCCACGACCUCUACGCCAGCCCCUGCCCCUGGCCUUCUAAGCUUCCCUUAUGGUGCCUCGCCUGGUGCAUAUCAGGAUUCUGGUCCCCAGAAGCAGAAGAAAAAGGGAAAGAAGCACAGACAUGCUAACACUUCCUCCUCUGGGGGAGGUGGUGUAGUUGAUGUUGCCGACCCAAGUAUCCUGCAGGCGAGGUUGCAUCAAGGUGGAGCUAUGGGCGGCCAGGGACUCUAUGGCGGCCAAGGUCAAGGUGGGUUUCCCUCCAUGUACAACAACAACAACUUUGGAGUCGGCGGAAGGUGGUGAAGACCGCCUGCACACUUGCACUUUCUCUUCUUCACUUGUCUGAUUUUGCACUUUGUAUCACUUUGAUGAGGAUUGCAUGGCGUUCUGGGGACUGAGCACAGCGAAGCAUCGGCACAUACCAAGCAGAUUGGCUAUUGGGGUUGCCUGUGGCGUUUUCAAAUGGCUGUCAUUCUCAUGCGGAUUUCUGGCCUCUAUUGCUAGGCAUGGGUAAUUGCGGGUCUUAAUACCUUCUUCUGUUUUUUGUUCAGCUUACGGGCGGCAAGCUUUGUUGCCUCUGCGAGGUUC